CCUCACAUCUCAUUUCAUUUCUUUCUUCUUCCUUUUAUUAUUAUUAUCUCUUGCUUCAUCUCUCAAAAUUCCCUUUCUCAAUUUGAAACCCUAACUUCUCCAAUUCCCCUCUUCCGAUUCUCCUCCAACCUCUGCUCCUUCUCGAUUCCUCCGAUUUCCCCUCAACGAUGAGCGCCCAGAAGAAGAGAAGUUUCCAGAUUGAAGCGUUCAAGCACCGUGUGGUGGUUGAUCCCAAGUACGCCGAGAAGACAUGGAAGGUUCUUGAGCACGCCAUUAACGAGAUUUAUAACCAUAAUGCUAGUGGUCUUAGCUUUGAAGAGCUUUACCGGAAUGCUUAUAAUAUGGUGCUGCACAAAUUUGGGGAGAAGCUUUACUUAGGACUUGUGAAGACUGUUACUUCUCAUCUAAGAGAAAUUUCUCAAUCAAUUGAAUCUGCUCAAGGGGAAGUUUUCUUGGACGAGCUCAACAGGAAGUGGGUAGAUCAUAACAAGGCAUUACAGAUGAUCCGGGACAUACUGAUGUACAUGGACCGAACUUACAUACCAAGCAACCAUAAAACCCCUGUUCAUCAGCUUGGUUUGAAUCUCUGGAGAGAUGAGGUGAUCCAUUCCAGCAAAACUCGAGCUAGGCUUCUAGAUACACUUCUGGAUCUUGUGCUUAGAGAAAGGAAUGGUGAAGUAAUAAACAGAGGCUUGAUGAGAAAUAUAAUAAAGAUGCUAAUGGAUUUGGGUCCGCGUGUUUACGAGGGCGACUUUGAGAAACAGUUUCUUGAAGUUUCAACAAAUUUUUACUGCCUUGAGUCCCAGGGAUUCAUUGAAUCUUGUGAUUGUGGGGAUUAUCUGAAGAAAGCUGAGAGGCGUUUAAAUGAAGAAAUGGAGAGAGUAUCCCAAUACUUGGAUCCUGCAAGUGAAUCCAAGAUAACUGCUGUGGUGGAGAAGGAGAUGAUUGAAAAUCACAUCCACACUCUAGUUCAUAUGGAGAACUCAGGGCUAGUUAAUAUGCUUUUGGAUGACAAAUAUGAAGACUUGCAAAGAAUGUAUAACUUGUUUCGCCGGGUGCUUGCUGGGCUCACAAUUGUUAAAGAAGUCAUGACUUCUUUUAUACGGGAUACUGGUAAGCAGCUAGUUUUGGACCCUGAAAGGUUGAAAGAUCCUGUGGAUUUUGUGCAACGGCUAUUGGAUUUGAAGGAUAAAUAUGACAAGAUCAUUAGUAUGGCAUUUAACAAUGACAAGACAUUUCAGAAUGCCUUGAAUUCCUCUUUUGAACAUUUCAUCAAUUUGAAUGCUCGGUCUCCUGAGUUCAUUUCUUUGUUUGUGGAUGACAAACUUCGCAGAGGUUUGAAAGGGGUAGGUGAGGAGGAUGUAGAGAUUAUACUGGACAAAGUCAUGAUGCUUUUCCGGUUCCUACAAGAGAAGGAUAUCUUUGAGAAGUAUUACAAGCAACACUUAGCAAAAAGGCUUCUUUCAGGAAAGACUGUAUCUGAUGAAGCAGAAAGAAGUUUGAUCGUUAAGCUCAAAACAGAGUGUGGAUACCAAUUUACUUCUAAGCUGGAGAGCAUGUUUACAGACAUGAAGACUUCUCAUGAUACCACACAUGGUUUCUAUGCAUCCCAUGGACCUGAGUUGGGGGAUGGCCCUACGCUAUCUAUUCAGGUGCUUACAACCGGUUCAUGGCCGACUCAGCCUAGCCCUCAGUGUAAUCUUCCAACUGAAAUCCUUGGUGUAUGUGAUAAGUUUCGGGCUUACUAUCUUGGCACCCACAGUGGAAGGAGAUUGUCCUGGCAAACUAAUAUGGGUACAGCUGAUUUGAAGGCAACGUUUGGUAAAGGCCAGAAGCAUGAGCUGAAUGUUUCCACAUUUCAGAUGUGUGUGCUCAUGCUUUUCAACAAUGCUGAUCGGUUGACUUGCAAGGAGAUCGAGCAGGCUACAGCAAUACCCAUGUCAGACUUGAAGAGGUGCCUUCAGUCUCUGGCCUGUGUCAAGGGAAAAAAUGUUCUUCGGAAAGAGCCAAUGAGCAAGGACAUAGCUGAGGAUGAUGCAUUCCUCUUCAAUGACAAAUUCACAAGCAAGUUCUUCAAGGUGAAGAUAGGGACUGUUGUAGCGCAGAGGGAGUCUGAACCAGAAAAUCUUGAAACUCGACAGCGAGUGGAAGAAGACCGAAAGCCACAGAUUGAGGCAGCAAUCGUGAGGAUAAUGAAAUCUAGGCGGACUCUGGAUCAUAACAAUGUUGUUGCUGAGGUCACAAAGCAGCUGCAGUCUCGAUUUUUGCCUAAUCCUGUUGUUAUUAAGAAACGGAUUGAAUCCCUUAUUGAACGUGAGUUUUUGGAGAGGGAUAAAGUGGACAGAAAAAUGUACCGCUAUCUUGCUUGAACAUUAUGUCCAUUUGUUUAUCAUGGCAUUCUGUCUGUCAUAUGUUUCAGUAUUCUUCAGAAAUUGCUGCAAUUUUUUUCAGCUUUUUGAAUCU